AUGUCUUUCGAUCUCCUCAAGCUCGAAGCCCACCUCGCCGCCCGCUCCUACAUCGAGGGCUACACCCCCUCCCAGGCCGACGUCCACGUCUUCAAGGCCCUCGCCGGCGUCCCCGCAGCCGCCACCUCCCCCCACGCCUUCCGCUGGUACAACCACAUCAAGUCCUACUCCUCCGAGUUCGACUCCCUCGCGGGCUCCAGCACCGCCGGCGAGGCCUUCACCGCCGCCCCCGCCCCCGCCCCCGCUGCUCCCGCCGCAGCCGAGGAGGACGAUGACGACGAAGUCGACCUCUUCGGCUCCGACGAGGAAGACGACGCCGAGGCGGAGCGCGUCAAGGCGGAGCGUGUCGCCGCCUACCAGGCCAAGAAGGCCAACAAGCCCAAGACCAUCGCCAAGUCCGUCGUCACCCUCGAGGUGAAGCCCUGGGACGACGAGACGGACAUGAAGGCCCUCGAGGACUCCGUCCGCUCCAUCCAGCAGGAGGGCCUCGUCUGGGGCGCCAGCAAGCUCGUCGCCGUCGGCUACGGCAUCAAGAAGCUCCAGAUCACCAUCGUCAUCGAGGACGAGCUGGUGUCGCUCGACGAGCUCCAGGAGAAGGUCGCCGAGUUCGAGGACUACGUGCAGAGCACGGAUGUCGCCGCCAUGCAGAAGCUGUAAGAGUUGUGUACUACGAUCGUCGUCGUGUGUCUGUAUCCGCAUCGGGGUUUGAGCAGUUUGAAUCUAUAUGUUGUUGUACUAUCGGAUCC